GAAAGUAGAUAAGAGACAUUUUCAAAAAUUUGUCAGGAGCAAACCACGUUUGUUAUGUUUGAUUUUUUUUUUGGUAAAUGUGAUAGAAAAGUUAUACAAACCCUGAAUUUAAACUAAACUAUCGGGUCUCAAACAUAAAUCACUAAAUAGUCUGAAAAUUAUAUUUUUCUUUUUGGUAUAGUGACAGUUUUGAACACAAGCAUGGAAAAUCCAAAAUCGAAAAAAAACUCCCCAAAAGCGAGUAAAACGGCACUUUUACUAACACAGGACUUGAACUAUGCGCGGAAUCUUGCCGCUAAUGACGAAAAAGUCAGGAACAGAUCCCUUAAAUAUCUUAAGAAAUAUUUAGGGCAAAGGACUAAAGCUACAGCUAUAUCAGAAGACAGUCUAAAGAUAAUUUGGAAAGGCCUCUUUUAUUCAAUGUGGAUGUCAGACAAGCCUCAGGUGCAAGAAGACUGUGCUGAAAACAUAUCAAAUUUGAUUCAUAGUUUUGAGUUUGAUGAGGCCAUGCAGUUUUUUAAAAUUGGACUUAUUACUUUACAAAAUGAGUGGGUUGGGAUUGACCAGCUAAGACUUGACAAGUUUUUAAUGUUAGUGAGAAGGCUUUUGCGGCAAGCAUUAUUUGUCCUAAAGAAAAAUAAUUUUAAAAAACUUACAAAUGAAGCCUUCACUAAAGUUUUAGAAGAGACUAUUUUAUCAACUGAAAAGACUCCCCCUUUGGGUUUGGUCAUGCAUUUUAUCGAAAUAUAUUUAGAAGAACUUGCCAAGGUGUCUGAUGGUAUGCUUCAAAAAACUAGAACUAUUGACUUCUUAAGGCCUUUUAUUAAUAGAUUGGCGUUUGCAAAUGAUGCCAGGAUUAUCCAGUGGAUAAUCAAGUUUAUUUUCACCCAUUUGAUGCAACAGCAUAAGUUGGGGCUUGAAUAUGAAGAAAAAUAUAAAAUUUGGAAAGCGCAUGGUUUUGAGGGUUCAAUCAACCAAAUCCAAAAAGUAAUUAUAAAGGAUUCCAAAAACGAUGAAACAGAAAAACACGACAAUUCGCAAUCCAUUGUAAACAAGCCUUUAGACCCUCGAGCUGGAAACGUCAACGUCGAAUUACCCCCUAUUGUAUUCGAUGCCAAAGAAAUUUCCGAAGCUUUAUUAAUUCCAAAAAGCGACUCUCGUACCACCAGUCAAACCAGGAACCAUUUGACUAUUUGGUCUGGAAAGUUUAUGACUUUAUAUGAGGGAGUGUAUCCCUUGGGUGCGAAAAACCUGGAGUCAAGAAAGCGAAAAAAUUCUGAUGUCGAUACUAGGAUUGACAAGGCGGCCAAAAGGUUAAUGAAAUUCGAAGAAAAUUUAUUAAAAAGAGACGAAAAAGAGAAGAGAAGGAAGAGCAAAGUGGAUGAGGAACAAGUUGAGGAAGAGCCGGUUCCAAAAAAAAAGAAAAAGAACGAAUCGCCAGUGAAAAAUGAAAGUCUACAAAAGGAAAAUAGCAAGAAACAAUUACCGGAAAAUAAGAAAAAGAAGGUAUCAUCAGUGAAAAAUGAAAGUUUACAAAAGCAAAAUGACAAUAAAGAGUCGCCAGAAAAGAAAAAAAAGAAGGAAUCGCCGGUAAAAAGUGAAAGUUUACCACAGGAGAAUGGCAUGAAAGAGUCACCAAAAAAAAGGAAAAAUAAAAAACCAUCCGCGGAGCUCGUAGUAGAAGCUCCCGAAGAGUCAAAGAAAACCAAAGCGAUUAAAAAGGAAAAAAUAAAUGACGUAGAAACUGAUGAAGGUUUUAUGGACGAGUACAAUUUUUGCUUUGAAAGGAAUUCGGGUGUUUGGUUUGUCACUCCUGAAUUUGAUGCUAAACUUGAUAAGCCCAAAACAAUUAAAAACGACGCCGACAUGGAUGCACCGGAUGAUGCAACCCUAAAAUUAACUGAUGAAACAAAAAAACCGAGAAAGACUAAAAAUGGUAAAAUUGACAAUUUAAAUGGAAAUGAUGAAUUAAAGGAAGGGGAGUACGAAAUAUUUGUACCAUCCAAGAAGUUUAUUAAGAAGCUGAAAAAAACGAAAAGCAGUGAGCAAAUUGAGGAAGUUUUGGGAAAAUUAAGAGGCAAAAAUCGGACUAUUAUUAACAACCAGAAAUCGUCAGCCGCCAAAUUCGACCAUGUUGUAAUCCCCAGAAACUCACUGAGUCCGAAAAAAGUCGUCAUAAACACAAAACUAAACGUUGCUCAAGAAAUCGACGAUCACAUAAACCAGGUAAUAUCGUCACCGCAAGUCCCGUUCGACAGCACCAAAAAACCCGGAAAACCAGUGCUGAAAACUCCUCUUAAGCCCAGCCCAAUAAAUCCUUUUUAUAAGUUAAAAAGAUUUUAGAACCUUCCUCUGAUGCCGCUAUUAUUAUAUAAUUUGAGAGAAUUAUAGUAUUUUGUUUGUAAAAUACUGGGAGGGAGGUUUGUAAAUUACUAUAAUGGCCGGUAUACGGUUAUAUUUGUAUUAGUGGACAUUUUGAUUUUUUUAGAUAUAUAUUAGGUUUUUAUAUAAUUUUGUAUAUAAUUACUGAGCUUUCUUAAAUUCACUUUAUUCAUUUAGUUACAUUGUGUUCUUUAAGAUUUUUUAGAUAAGUGUAUUGUGCCUAAUGUUAGAAAAUCUAUAUUUCUAUUAUAAAUCGUUUUUUUU